GUUCUCUUCUCUUCCUUCUCUCCCUCCCUCCCCACUCUCCCAUCCUACUCACCAAUAACCUACCAUCUGUUUGAAAUGGCAGAUUAAACCGUGUGGGUCCAUCCGGUCUGAAUCCACUGGGUCGUCUGAUUGAUGGGCAACCACUUCCCCCCAUUUUGACCCGGUUAAUUUCCCCGACCGAGUAUCCAAUUCUCACGUCACCAGCAUCAUCCUGAUUUUUAUAUCCUAUUCUUAUUUUUUGUCCCUCCCCCUUGCUUUCUUCUUGCAUGCCCGCAUGUCGGCUUCUUUCUAUACUGGCUGAUGGAUUCGGAUCAUCGUCGUUUUGGUCAAUAUGGGCUGCUGCUUCUCUGUGUCGCGUGACGACAGUCAUUCCAGCGCGGGCCACGAUGAACGUCCCUCAGAGGUCCUCCACGAAGAGCCCUCUUCGUCCACCACCACCACCGCCGCCGCACGCAGGUCUAGCCGACCCAACAUCCUGCCGGCCACCCCGCAUAUAGUCGUCCGGACCUCCUCUGACCAGUUCCCCCUCGAUGUACACUUCAACGCCCCCGUCCGCCAACACAUCUGGUACAGCAAGCGCCGCGCGUGGACGCGCACACAGCUCGACCGGGAGCGCCGCGAGUUCUUCGAGACCCGAGUCACGGGGCGGUCGGAGAUCUGGGCUGCACUGUCGACGGCCAUCGCCCUGAUGUGGGCGGGUGAUCUUCCCACCGCCCAGAGCAUCAUCGAUGCAGCCGGCGUCACCGUCCCCACGGGUGAUCUCUGCCAGGGCUGCUACGACGAGCAGGGCGUGCUCUAUCGGCUGCCGCAGUGCAUCGUGAGCGAUCCCCAGAACCUAGUCCGGGAACCGCUCGCCCGUCGCGAUGACGACGACGACGACGAUGACGACGACUUCGACACCGCCCACGGCAAGCUAUCCCUAGACGAGGCAUCAGACGACGAGCUCAUCUCGGACGAACUCGAGCGCCGUCGCGACGAAAAGGGAAAAACGAGCGAGCGCGAUCUCAUCCACGUGAAGGCGCGGUUGAGCGAUCGCGGCGGACCGGACAUCCUCGUGGUGGUCAACAAGUCGCAGAACGUGGCGUUUAUUGCCCGGAAAGUGCAACAGGAGGCGGGAAUCGCCAGGAACCAGCGCGUGCGGAUCGCAUAUCUCGGGAGAGUCCUCAAGGAACACGUUCCCCUCGUUGACCAAGGAUGGAAUCCGGCGCACGUGGUCAACGCCUUGGUCGUCUCCCGACAGUCUUUAUCUUAGCCAGUCCUUCCAUCACCAUGUCACAACCUAUGAACUUAUCGAGCUCGACAUUUGACACAAACCCAUCACCCACCUACACACAGCGUAUAUCAACAUGACCCCAGACAUGAACAAAGUUUCCACAUCAGGCGCCACCAACAACUCUAUAGCCACAGGCACACUUCACUGGCACAGACACAGACACACUAACCCUGUGCAAACCAUCUAUCCAUUCCCAACUCAUUGGCCUAUGUUUUCUUUUCUCUUCUUUUCUUUCCUUCUGAGGUCACGAUCAUGAUUGCUCAUUUGCAUGCAUAAUACCCAAGUAUUGCUGUUCAUUUAUCUUACCUUAUUCAUUUUCAGAUUUAUCUCUAUCAACAUACUGUUCAUAUCAAUCUUUGAUAUCCAUUUCAUAUCCAUCUUUCACAUCCCUCGUCUCCAUCAAAUCACUCUACAUAACUUAUUGCUUUAUUCCCACCGCUCAAUUGUCAUGUUUUCGAUCAUUUAAUGAACCUGGUAUAGUUUAAUCAAUCUAGUACAAUUUGUGCAGACAGA